GCCUCCAACAUCCCACUUCACAUUGGCAAGCCAUAUCUACGAGGUUCAAGUCGAAUCUGCCCGCCAUGUCUAUGCUCACAAACAUCGUUGGCUUCUCCCUCUUUGGCCUCCUGGCUCGCUUUGGUCAACUAGGCAUCCAGAAGCGUAACCUCUUCGAUAACAUGGGCGGACAUGCCAUCUCCAUGGCAGUAUUUGGAUAUGCAGGAUACUGGGCGUACAGAUGGGACAUACGAGCUGCUGAGCUGCUAGCGGACAAGCGUGCUGAGAUCGCGGCAAGGAGGCAGCAGCGAGUGACGGAGCGUGCAGGGGAAUCAUGACUGUGAUCUCUCGAUCUCCUCCUGGCUGUUUUUGUAUUCUGUGAGCUUCCUAUCGAUGUGCUUCCCGCCAGUAUGAUGUUGACUAUCUGCCUCUCAUGUAGUUCGCAAUAAUAGAGCGCUCCCGCUUCCCAUUCGUGAGCUAUCAUAGCGAUGGAACUGACUGGAUGGUUAGCUCAGCAAACUACGAAAUAAAAUGGGGUAAUGCAAUAAGGAGUUCACACCAAGAAGUUAGGGAUCGGCCGUCCGUCUGCCUUUCCUGCUAUACGUUCAACUUUGAAGGAUAGUAUAUUCGAGAUUUCAGGCCGAUGGAACUUGACUUCACGACAGUCAGAAUACAUUGCACUCAACGCGUAUUCUACAGUGCCCAGCAACAAGCGCGACGAACUAUUGACACAACGACCGGAAAUAAAACAAAGGUCGAACAGUACAACAUAUAUACAAGAAAAAAAAAUAACACAGGAAAAAGGGGCCCCAUGUAGCACUUACCCAUCCGUACAGAAAGGUAAGGCAUGUAUGCGUGCCCGGCAGAAGAGGAGAGAUGACGAAUGAUAGCACAGAGGGAAGGUUAAACAAUAAGGAAGGUGUGAGCGGCAGUGUUUUGAGUAAACACAUGAAAGGAAAUGAACAGAUAGAUCUAGUUGACUGAAGGUGGAGACGAAGCUCCUACUAUACACUAUGUCACAACCAGAACCGAGCUGGUGAUUGGAGUAGAGGGGAGACGAAUGAGUGUGGUUGAUGCAAGGAUGCCAUCCGGUAUAGAUAGAGAGAUAGAGCAAGAGAAAUCCUUUCAGAGA